ACUCCUUCUCACCACUACUACCAGAUACUAUACCCAUCCACACGACGACAACUCCCACGACCGACGCAACUGCGGCUCGCGCUACCCAAUUCUCUGGCCCCGUUUCUCCUCACACUGCACGCCAUGUCUACCGCCCAGAAACGCAAGACGUCGCUCUCGGGCGGCGCUCUCGAAGAAGAGUCCGCGAAACGCCGCUUCGUUGAGACUGAAUCCGCCCCGCCACCAGAAGACGUCGCGCCAGACGCCGCCGCAGAAGACGCCGCUUCCGCAACAGACGCAAACACUACUACUACCGCCAACGACACCUCUUCCACCACCACCACCACCACCACCACCACCACCACCGCACCCGCAGCCUCCUCCAGCAGCAGCAGCGCCGCGAACCGGCUCUCCCGCUUCAAAGCCCUGCAAGCACGACAAGCAGCAUCACGGACGCAAAACCUGAAAGACUCGUCGGCAGAAGCCGCACGCGCAUCAAUCGACCCGAGCGCGCUGACAGCAGCACAGCGCAAGCACGCGAUCGCGACGCACAAGCUGCUAAAAGCGGAAGCAGCAGACGCAGGCGAGGACUUUGAGCGCAAGCGCGCCUGGGACUGGACGGUCGAGGAAAGCGAACGCUGGGACAAGCGCGUGGCCAAGAAGGAAAAACACCGCCAAGACGUCGCCUUCGCCGACUACCGGCAGGACGCGCGCAAGGUGUACAAGCGGCAGCUGCGCGAGCUGGCGCCCGACACGGCGGGGUACGAGCGCGCGAAGGCGGAGGCGGUGCGCCGCGCGGCUGCGAGUGGGGGCUUGGAUAUCGUCGAGGGCGCCGACGGCGAGCUCAUUGCUGUCGACCGCGAUGGCAGCUUUUACUCGACGGCUGAUAGCACCGACUUUGCGAGCCAUCGCCCGGAUAAGGAGGGCGUGGAUAAGCUGGUCGGUGAGAUACGGAAGGCUGAGGAGGCGAGGCUGAAGGCCAGACGUGCGAGAGGCAUUGACGAUGAGGCGGGUGAUAUCACGUAUAUCAACCAGAAGAACAAGCAGUUUAAUGAGAAGCUGGCCAGGUUCUAUAAUAAGUAUACGGGGGAUAUUAGGGAGAGCUUUGAGCGGGGGACGGCGUUGUAGGGGGUGGGUGGGAGGGCAGGAAAAUGCAAGACGAACAGACGCGAGCAGAUAUGGGCUGAAGAAAAAGCACAACAGAACACGGCAUUAAUCAGAGCACCUUCCUUUCCUCCUUCCUUUCCUUCUUCUUUCCUCCGUCUGUAUUUGUACUACCAGCCUCUCCCACACAGCAGCAUGGCGGAUACCGAAGAAGUAAACUGUACAGUAUCUCCUGAUCGAGAAAUCCAUCGCAUCUGUUCGCACGUUCAUACGGAUGUAAUCCGUACGAGACGGAGACGGAGGGAGGGAGACAGAGAAGAAACCUACCUAUCUACCUC